CGAAGCUCGAAUAGUUUAGAACCCUAAAAACCAGUGGAAAUAUUCCCUAAAGCCCUAAGGAAGGGGCGAUGACGCCGUUGGGAUACAAGAAGAAUUUCCGGGCGACGCCGGCAUUGCAGCUCUUCUACACGGGAGGGCCGCUGCGUCUCGCGCCGGAUGCCUCAUUCCUUGCCUGCGCUUGCAACGAUGAGGUCAAGAUCGUCGACAUCGCCACCGGCACCAUUCGUAAGUCUCUGGCAGGCGAUUCCGAGGCUAUCACAGCAUUGGCGAUCAGUCCCGAUGGAAAUACGCUCUUCGCGGCCAGCAGGAGCUUGCAAGUGAGGAUCUGGGAUCUCGCCACUGGCACGCUUUGUCGAUCGUGGAAGGCACACGAUGGGUCUGUGACUGACAUGGACGUAUCGGUGUCGGGACUUCUAGCCACAGCCAGCAUUGAUCGAAGCAUUCGAGUGUGGGAUGUGGAUGGAGGAUUUUGUACGCACGCGUUCCGGGGGCACAAAGGCAUCGUCACAAAAGUGAUUUUCCAUCCGGACCCGCAUCGUUUGCUGCUCUUUAGUUGCGGUGACGAUGCCACAGUACGGGUGUGGGAUCUGGUGACGAAAAAAUCUGCCGCUCUUUUGGAGAAGCAUUUCUCGACUGUCACCAGCUUGGCAGUUUCAGCGAAUGGCUGGAGCUUGAUUAGUGGUGCGAGGGAUAAGGUUCUAAAUAUUUGGAGUCUUCGUGACUAUAGCCAUGAAGGAACUGUACCGGUAUUUGAAGCAGUGGAAGCAAUCUGUGUUGUUCCAGAUGGCUGCAAUCUACCAGGAAGCUCUAUCCAGAAGAAGAAGGGCUCGAAGCCGAAUGUGUUAACUGUUGGCGAGUUUGGAGUUAUCCGUGUUUUCUCUGCCGAAGGUGGAAAUUGCGUAUACAAACAAAAUUCUUCCGACGUUUCCAUAGCAACAGAAGACGCAGACGAGACAAAGCGUGGGUUUACUGCGGCAUAUAUUCUUCCAGAUGCAAAAGGAGUUCUUUGCAUCACGUACGAUCACCGCCUUUUCUUUUACGAGCCAUUUCUAGUGGACGACAAACAAAGAGAUUUGCGCAUUAGCAAGCGCCUUAUAGGUUGCAACGAUGAAAUAACCGAUUUGAGAUAUGUUGGAAGCGACGAGACUUCUCUUGCCGUGGCCAGCAACGUGGAGCAGGUUCGCAUAUACGACUUAAGCUCCAUGGCCUGCACACAAGAGCUCACCGGUCACACGGACAUUGUCCUUUGUCUGGACACUUGUCUUUCAUCUCAAGGAAAACCAGUGCUAGCUUCGGGUGGUAAGGACCAUACGGCGAGACUUUGGGAUGUUACCUCUGGUAAAUGUUUCGCGAUGUGUACUGGCCACAGUGCUGCAGUCGGAGCCAUUGCCUUUUCAAAAAAGAAACGCAGUUUUCUGCUGACAGGAAGCAGGGAUCGCUCUAUCAAGUUCUGGGACUUUCAGUUUGUUAUAGAUGACAAUCAACAAGAUAGAGUUGCCAAGCUUUCGUGUAUCCGUUCUGCCGCUGCACAUGACAAAGAUAUCAACUCGCUUUCUGUGGCUCCCAAUGACAGCCUUCUAUGCAGCGGAUCUCAGGACGGGACAGCUCGUAUUUGGAAGCUCCCGGAACUCACUCUAGCUACGACUUUGAAAGGGCACAAACGAGGCGUCUGGUCUGUAGAGUUUUCUCCUAUCGACCAGUGCGUAUUAACGUCCUCCGGCGAUAAAACUAUACGAAUAUGGGCACUCUCCGACGGUUCUUGUCUAAAAACAUUUGAGGGCCACACCGCCAGUGUUUUGAGAGCUUCAUUUCUAUCUCGCGGAACACAAAUAAUUUCUUCUGGUGCGGAUGGACUGGUAAAGCUAUGGACUAUCAAGAGUAACGAGUGCAUAAACACUUUUGAUCAACACAACGACAAGAUUUGGGCCUUAGCCGUGAACAGCAACAAUGAAUCGUUUGCUACUGGAGGGGGUGAUGCAUUGGUCACUUUGUGGGAGGAUUGCACCGCCUCUGACGAAGAGGAAGCUGCUAGACAAGAGGCCGAGGAAGCUCUGAAAGACCAGGAUUUAGCGAAUGCCCUCGCGGACACGGAUUAUGACAAAGCGGUUCAACUGGCAUUCGAACUAAGACGACCUUUUAAACUCCUUGGAGUUUUUACAGAGUUGUUCAGAUCUGGCACAGACGCAACACUAGCCUCGCUUUUGAAGAAACUCGACAGCGCAUACCUGCGUCUACUCUUGGAAUACAUCCGCGAAUGGAAUUCGAAGCCAAAGUUUUGUUAUGUUGCGCAGCAUGUGUUGCACUGCGUAUUCAACGUUUUUCCAGCGUCCGAAAUAGUAGAGGUUCCAGGGAUAUCGGAGCUUUUGGAAGGCAUUUUACCUUAUACACAACGGCAUUUUAAUAGGAUAGGCAGGCUGGAACAAAGCUGUUACCUUGCGGACUAUACGUUGGCAUGCAUGUCAGUGUUGGAUCCCAGUGACCAAUUGCCAGGACUUGCCGGAGAGAUACAUGCUAAGAAGAAGCAAAAGUUGUAAUCCGUUGGAAUUUGAAGGAAAAUUUUGUUUUGUUAAAUUAAAAUAAUUUUUACUUAA